UUUAUGUUUUUGUUUAAAAAAACUCACCUAUAAUAUGAAAAUAAUACUCACUUUUUACUAGAAUAUUACUCACUUAAUUGAAAAAAAUACUCACUAUUCUCACUUUUUUUAAGAAAAAAAUUAGUAGCAACCCUGUGAUAGGUACUAUUUCUAGAAAUGCAUUACAGCCACUAGGUAAAAUAAAUAGUAAUAUGUUAUAAAUCAUGUAUUUUUUAUUAUUACUUUAUAAUUAAUUUUUAGUUUUUAAACUUAUAAAUUGUUUUACAUCUUUGCACUUUGCUAGGAUUCAAUAUUCUUCAUGAAUAUCCGACUGAUAGAUUUUAUUUUGAAGAAAAUAUUCAAAACAUUGCUAUUAAGAAGUGUGUCUUGUCAUAUGGACCAUGUCGACCUGAUAUUGUAUUUCCUAUUACAAAAAGAGAAGAUGGCUCAUCUCAUCAUUUUUCUUCUUAUUAUUAUGAGCAAACCUUAAAAUCUGGUGUAAAAGUGCCAAGACUUUGGCUAUGUUAUUCAGUUGGUUUGGAUUGUGCAUAUUGUGAGACAUGUUGGCUCUUUGCUAAUCGCCAUUAUUCAUAUUUUCAAAAAGCUUGGAUUAUUGGUGUAAAUGACUGGCAAAAUUUAACUAAUAAAAUAACAACCCAUGAAAAGUCAUUGCAACAUAUUGAAGCAAGUAAAACUCGUGCCUUAUGGAAACAAAAUGAAACAAUCGACAAAAUAUCUGAACGACAAUACUCAGAAGAGGCCUUGUUUUGGAGAAAUGUACUAGAGAGAAUAAUAAAAAUAAUUCUUUUUCUUACUGCUGGCAACACAGCACUAAGAGGCCACGAACACAAACAAAAAUGUAAUUCAGAACAUUUUGAUGGUGAAGGUAACUUUAUGCGUUCAGUACAUUUGUUAGCUGAAUAUGACCCUAUUCUUAAUCAACUUCUAAAUGAUGAAAAAAAAAAGGUAAAAUACUUCAGUUGGAAGGUACAAAAUGAAGUGAUUGAAUUACUUGCUACAAAUAUUCGAAACCAUAUUUGUGAUGAAAUAAGAAAUUCACAAUGUUUUUCAAUAAUUAUGGAUUCCACUCAAGAUAUUGUAAAACUAGAUCAGGUCAGUGUUGUGAUACGGUAUGUAGUACUAAAUUAUGAAGAUCUUGAUAUUAGUAUUAAGGAAUCAUUUUUGGGAUUUUUUAAAAUUGAUAAGCAUGGAGCCCAAGACUAUGAAGAAUUAAUUACUGAAAUCCUACUAAUGUUCAAAAUAGACAUCAAUAAAUGUAGAGGACAGGGCUAUGACGGGGCUUCAGUCAUGAGUGGAGUAUAUAGUGGAGUUCAAAAACGUAUAAAGGAUAAGGUCCCCAAUGCGUCGUAUGUUCAUUGCUGUGCGCACAACUUAAAUUUAGUUAUAUCAGAUGCUGCAAAAUGUUCACCAAAAGUGGCAUCGUUUUUUGAUACUAUACAAGCUAUUUAUAAUUUUUUUAGUGGAAGUGCACCAAGAUGGGCAAUUUUAGCUUUUGGUGAUGAUCAGUCAAAAAAAAUAAAAACUAAAGUUUUAAAAAAAUUGUGUCCAACACGAUGGGAAUCACGGCACGAAUCUCUCCAUGCGUUGAAGUCAAGGUUUAUUGAUGUACUAAAAGCAUUAACCAAUAUGUCUUUGACUAGUACAAAAAAAGAAGAAAGAAAUACUAGUUUAUCUUUAAAAAAAAAAUUAGAAUCUGUUGAAUUUGUAUUAUUAUUAUGUUUAUGGGAGCAUAUUUUAAGACCAUUACACAUUGUAUCAAAGACACUUCAGAACCCACAUACAAAUUUACAUAGUGCUUGUAAAAACUUAAAAAAUGCUACAGAAGUUAUACAAAAUUUAAGAAAUAACUAUGAAAUAACUAUUUUGUCAGAAUGCAAACACUUAUGUGUCAAAUGGGGUAUUUCAACAAACUUUUAUGUAAAGCGACAAAUAUUUGCUAUAAGGCAUUUUGAUGAAGUAGAUGGAGAUCGUCGACUCAGUGUAUCUGAUGAAAAUUUCCGUGUUAAAAUAAUUUUACCGGUAAUUGACAUUGUACUAUUUCAACUCAAUUUAAGAUUUGAAGGGCUAAGAAAGGUGACAGAGAACUUUGAUUUUUUAUUUCCAACUUCAUUAAUUGUAUUAAGUGACAAUGAAUUGGCUAAAGCAUCUAUGGAUUUUUAUCAAUUAUACCAGUCUGAUAUAUCAUCAGACUUUACCAGACAACUAUUAUGUAUUAGAGAUCAACUUAUUCCACAAAAAAUCAAAUCUAUUAAAGAGCUUAUUUUAUAUAUAAUAAAAAAUAAUUUAUGUACAACUUUCUUUGAUGUUUUAAGUGCUUGUAUAAUUUAUUUAACUUUACCAGUAACAGUAGCAUCGGCAGAAAGAUCUUUUUCAAAAUUAAAACUAAUAAAAAACUAUCUGCGAAAUAACAUGGGACAAGAUCGUCUGUCUAAUAUUGCAGUAUUAAAUAUAGAAAAAGAUGUUGCUGCAAAAAUAAAGUUGGACGAUGUAAUAAAUACAUUUGCAAAUUCUAAAGCCAGAAAAGUCAACUUUUUAAAAUAAAAUUAUCAAAGAAAGUAUCUAAAGUAAUUAUCAAAAA